UAAUAUGUAGGUACGUAACGUCUACGGAGGAGGCUGUCUUUAAAUACAGGGAGACACCCCGCUGUAGCAGCACUUCUGCUGAACAGCGGUCAGUGAGGAGCCGACACAUUCCAAGUCCUGUUUUCACCCGGUUCAUUCAAACCUGCAAGAUGUCCACCAAGGAGAAGCUCAUCGGCCAUGUGAUGAAGGAGGAGCCUGUUGGCAGCAGGUGCAAAGUGACUGUAGUGGGUGUCGGCAUGGUGGGCAUGGCCUCUGCCGUCAGUAUACUGCUCAAGGACUUGUGUGAUGAGCUGGCCCUGGUUGAUGUGAUGGAGGACAAGUUAAAGGGUGAGGCAAUGGACCUGCAGCAUGGAUCCCUCUUCCUUAAGACGCACAAGAUUGUAGCCGAUAAGGACUACAGUGUGACAGCCAACUCCAAGGUAGUGGUGGUGACUGCAGGUGCCCGCCAGCAGGAGGGCGAAAGCCGCCUCAAUCUGGUGCAACGCAACGUUAACAUCUUUAAGUUUAUCAUCCCCAACAUCGUCAAGUACAGCCCCAACUGCAUCCUGAUGGUGGUCUCCAACCCAGUGGACAUCCUGACCUACGUUGCCUGGAAACUGAGUGGCUUCCCCCGUCACCGUGUGAUUGGCUCCGGCACUAACCUCGACUCUGCUCGUUUCCGCCACAUCAUGGGAGAGAAGCUCCACCUGCAUCCUUCUAGCUGCCAUGGCUGGGUCAUCGGAGAGCAUGGCGACUCCAGCGUACCUGUGUGGAGUGGUGUGAAUGUUGCUGGAGUUUCUCUUCAAGGCCUCAACCCAAACAUGGGGACUGAUGGUGACCAAGAGAACUGGAAGGAAGUGCACAAGAUGGUGGUUGAUGGAGCCUAUGAGGUCAUCAAGCUGAAGGGCUACACUUCCUGGGCCAUUGGUAUGUCUGUGGCUGACCUAGUGGAAAGCAUCAUGAAGAAUCUGCACAAGGUGCACCCUGUGUCUACACUUGUCCAGGGCAUGCAUGGAGUGAAGGAAGAGGUCUUCCUCAGCAUCCCUUGUGUCCUGGGCAACAGCGGCUUGACAGAUGUCAUUCAUAUGACACUGAAGCCUGAGGAGGAGAAGCAGCUGGUGAAGAGUGCUGAGACCCUGUGGGGUGUACAGAAGGAGCUCACACUGUGAAGAGCACUGCUCUGAAUUCUCCAGUUGUCCCUAAAAUGACACCAAACACCAGUUGACUCCCUCCUAGUUUCCCUGUUGUGUACUGCAUAGUAAUGGGAAAAUGUCACCUGUGAAUAUCUAAUGAUGAAAAAAGGCUAAGUGCUUAUAAUGAAACCACUCAACUAGGUUUUACUUUUUAGAUAUUCACAUAUAAGUGUCAUUUUUCCUUUGCCUCCUCCAACCUGCCCCUCGGUACUCCAUGACUGAAUUUUUGGAAACUCUUACCUGUAGCCUUAUAAGUCACCGUGUUGAGUGUAUAUCCAUUUGAUGUUGUCUUUAUGAAGUCAUGCAGUUCUUGUGCAUAUAUUCUGUGUACUGUAUGUUACUGAGUACUGUUGCUGCUUUUUCUGUACUCUCCUAGGUCAGUUUGUAUGCAUUUUGUGGCCGUUAAAGUUAUGUUUUCCACUUGGUAAUCUCUGUUUUCGUCUUAUUUGGAGUAGAACAGAGACAUUCCAUUCACUGAGGAGGGCUUCCUAUCCACCCACAGUAAUACUGCUGCAUAUAUCUCUGGGCCAAAAUCUUGUGACACCAAAGUACCUUAUAUGAUAGUGAAGCAGACUUCCAUCUAUUGCUUGGUCCUGAAACCUUCUUAAACAAAGCUAACCACAAGUGCACUGACAAAUAAUUUAAAAGGAAAAUUUUAUGGAGCAACAAAAAGUUUACAUCUGAGAGAACAAAUUAUGUUGCUGCCAUAACUCGGAGAUAACAGAUACAGUGGAAAAGGGUCAGGUUAUGAAUCAU